CGGGCAAAAUGCCUCUUAUAAUCGGAAAAGCAUACGUUGUGUUGUGUUGUCUGUAUACGAUGGCAAAAUAGUCAUACCCGUCCAACCAUCCCAGGACGUUUAAUCGCUGUGAAGCUCUGAAAGCUGUAAACAUGAAGAGGAAACUAAAUGCACCCCAGCUGUCGAAAGUGAAGGAUGUCAGUAGCACAAAAACGCAGGAGACUACGACAUCUGCAGGACUGGUGGAGUGUGAUGCUGACCAGACCAUAAAAGACUCUUCACAAGAGAUAAGACACCUGAAAAUAUCACAAAGUGAUAACUGCUUCUUUAGGUUCCUAAAUGAAGACCGUCAGAAGCUGCCAUCCUUCUGUGACAUAACCAUCACGGUCUGUGGAAAAAUGUAUCAUGCCCACAAGGUGGUUUUGGCAUUUGGCAGUAACUAUUUCCAUGCCAGAUUUACAGAAAAUCCUGACAUACACCAUGUUACCAUUGAUAACAUGGAUGGCUCGACCUUUAGACACUUGCUUAACUUCCUAUACACUUCUGAAUUUAAGGUUUUGCAAAACCAGAUUCCUGCUUUGGCUGAUGCUGCCUGCUUUCUGGAUAUGAUGGAAGCCGUAAAUCUUUUAGCAAAGUGGGCGGCACCAGCUCAUGCUCGUGAAGAAAGCGAUGCUCAGCAGGUUCCACAGAAGACCACAGAUGUUCAGGAUGUUCAGAGUUCAGCUGGUGCGCAGUGCUCCUUUUGCAGUCGCUCUUUCUGCUACAGAAAGUCUCUAGAGAAUCACCUGGCCAAGAGACAUAGUGCUGGCUGCCACGGUGAGGAAGAACAAACUACGGUGGACAUAUCGGUGGUCACCACCCGAAGAUCGGCCCGUCAGAGGAGGACACCAGCUAAAUUUGAGAACCAGGAGAAUGAAAAUUGCAACGAAACCAGGAAAGCGAAAACACAGAAGGAUGAUGCAGCCAGUUUUGAGGAGGAGGAAGAUGAUGAUGAUGAUGAAAGUGAAGAAGAGCAACAAAAUGAGCAAGGCGAACAAAAUGGUAAGGAAGGAAGAGAAGCGUUGGAUGUUGAGGAGGCGGAAUGUGAAGAUGCAACUGAAAAGCAACAGGAGGAUGUGACUGAACGUUGUACAGCUGUAAACCAAGUUGAGGCCCAGAAGGAGACCGAACCAGAAACCAACCAUCCUGUUGCAAAACCCAGGCAAGUGACAGAAACCUCCAGUCACGUCUUUCCAGACGGACUGGCUCCCAUCAUGAUCCAGAGCACUAAUAAAAAGACUCUAAAGUGCCCUAAAUGUGACAAGACCUUCGAUCGCAUAGGUAAAUAUGAGAGUCACACCAGAGUACACACUGGAGAAAAACCUUUCCAGUGUAACAUCUGUCUUCAGUGCUACUCCACCAAAUCAAACCUCACUGUGCACAAGAAGAAACACGAGAGUGACGUGCCCAUCCAGAAAAAAGACCACAAAUGUCCCUUCUGCAACAAGCUUCACGCCAGCAGGAAGACUCUCGGCAGACAUGUAAAGAGAUUUCAUCCUGACCAUCUUCAAGAGUUUCUCACUCAAAAGAAGAAGAAAAGUGAAGGCUGGAAAUGUGAUAUCUGCCACAAGUCCUUCACUCGUCGCCCCCAUCUGGAGGAGCACAUGAUCUUACAUUCACAGGACAAGCCUUUCAAAUGCGCCUAUUGUGACGAAUACUUCAAAUCACGGUUUGCACGCCUGAAACAUCAAGAAAAGAUUCAUUUGGGCCCCUUCCCUUGUGACAUCUGUGGUCGACAGUUUAAUGACAGGGGCAACCGUAAACGCCACAUUGAGUGUACUCAUGGGGGGAAGAGGAAGUGGACCUGUUAUCUAUGUGGCAAAUCAGUUCGAGAGAGGACAACACUUAGGGAGCAUCUAAGGAUCCACAAUGGAGAGAAACCUCACCUGUGCAGCAUCUGUGGACAAAGCUUUCGUCAUGGGAGCUCCUACAGGUUACAUCUUCGAGUUCACCAUGACGACAAGCGCUAUGAAUGUGAUGAAUGUGGCAAAACUUUCAUUCGACAUGAUCAUCUAAAGAAACAUAAAAAAAUUCACACAGGGGAGAGAGCCCAUCAAUGUGAGGAAUGUGGAAAAUGCUUCCGGCGUGCUGACCACCUGACGGUCCAUUAUAAAAGUAUUCACCUGGGAGAAAAGAUCUGGAGAAGGUACAAAGCAGUAGUGCAUCAGUGUCAUGUGUGCAAGAAGGAGUUCAGGGGCAAGACCAACCUCAAGUCACAUUUUAGAACGCAUUCAGGUGAGAAACCCCAUCGCUGUGUGAUCUGUAACCAGACCUUCCGCAUCAAGAAGACUUUGACCAAACACAUGGUCAUCCACUCAGACGUGCGUCCGUUCAGCUGCCCACACUGCAGUGCCACCUUCAAGCGCAAGGACAAGCUCAAGUACCACGUAGACCAUGUUCACAGCACCCGGUUACUAGACCAGCAGCAGCCGAAUCUGCCUACAGCCCCUCCAAGCAAGCAGGCCGAGCCCCUGCCGCCAAACGAAACACCCAAAGCAUACCACAACACACCUAAGACCGUGCUGCAGAGUGUCUCGGCUGAUGUAUGUGUUCCUGUAACGCUGGUUCCUGUCCAGAUGACUGAUGAGGCUGAUCUUGCAGUACACGGGGUACCACAUGGGGUCCUUCCAGCUGUGAGCCAACAACAGCAGACUGGAUACCAAUCAACCACCGAUUUGGUUUUCUUAGAAAAGUACACGCUGACACCUCAGCCGACUAAUUUAGUGCACCCCGUACGGCCGGACCAGAUGCUGGACCCACGAGAGCAGUCGUACUUGGGCACCCUACUGGGACUAGACUCGUCUACAUCUGUGCAAAACAUGACUAGUGCUGCACACACCCAUUGAUGUGUUUUGUUGAUUUGCACAGCCUCUGGUUGCAUUUUUUUUUAUUAGUGUCUGUUCUGGAUAUUUUCAAUACAUCUCUUCAGUGUUUGUGCUGCAUUUAAAAGUUCAGUUUACUAAACAUGUUGUUUAUAACCUCUAAGGUGUGUUUUUACAAUCUUUAUACAUUUAUCUUUCAUAUAAUAAUAGUAUAAUGAUAGCACAUCUGUAAAGCUCCAAGGCGGAAAAAACAAAAGCACUAUCUUAUGAACUGUGCGCUGUAUGCCAAGAGCUAUGCCAUAUACUGUGUUUAAUUAGAAUAAAAAAGAUCUCUCAUUUGCCUUCAGAUUCACAAUAUUGGGUUAAAAUGAUGAAAAAAUGCGUUUUAGUAUCAGAGGUAAAAGCUUCUUUAUUAAUAAAAGGGUGUCAUUAACAACAAGACUACAUUUUUUAAAUGUUAUUGAUCCGCAUUUGACUCUAUACACGUUUUAUUAAACAUCAAUGGCACUGAGACAGUUUAGAAACACCAUGUUAACGUUACCUUAGUUUUGUUGUUCGACUGGAUAAAUGAGCAAAACCGUUGAGUGGAUUAAUGCUGCCCCCAGGUGGUGAAACACAGUUACGCAUUUGGCAUAAAUGUGAAAUACAAAAGUCAGAUCGGGAUCGUUCAAUUCGAAUUUACAGUAGUGCUUAUUUGUUAUGAGCAUUACCUAUCAAUGAAAUGAUUUAGGUUUAUUUGUAAAUACACCAAAGAAAAGGACCUGCUUUAACUCGCGCAGGGGUUAUCAAGGCGAAAUGAUCGGUUGAAAUGAAGGUAACAGUUAAUUUUCGAGAACUCUGUAUUGUUAUGGACUAUUCGGUAGGGAGAAAAACCAGCUCAUUUUUUUCUACUAAAGAACUAUAAAACUAUAUUUUGGGUUGUGCAUUUCGUCCUGAUUCAUAGUUUAUAAUAAACAGUGAGAGUAGGCUAA